GGCUGUUUCUCAGUAACAAGUACACAAGUCUGUUCUUGACAAGUAUGUGAGUCCUUCCUGUUCCUGAGGUGAGUUUUACCUGGUCAGUCCUGGUGUCGCAGCUUGUUUUCUCCGUGUGAAGGGUGAAAGAUGACGACGCCUCAAGAAGUCCUUCUGAGGACUUUGAAAGAGUUGGGAGAUGAGGACUUUGAAAACUUCAAAUGGUACUUGAACCAGGAAGGAGUCCUAGGAGACUUCAAAUCAAUCCCAAAGUCUCACUUGGAGAAGACAAACAGGGUCAACACUGUGGAUCAAAUGGUCCAGAUCUAUGGGACUACAAAUGCCAUUAAAGUUACUGAGAAGGUUUUAAUGAAGAUGAAUAAAAUUGAUCUGGUGCGGAAAAUCUCAGGAACCAUCAAAGAACCUACAGAGAUUCUGUCUGGGUGUCAAGACAAACUCAAUUCUAACCUAAAGAAGAGGUUCCAGUGUGUAUUUGAGGGCAUAGCUAAAGCAGGACAGAAAACCUUCCUGAAUGAGAUCUACACAGAGCUGUACAUCACAGAGGGAGGGACUGCAGAGGUCAAUGAUGAACAUGAGGUCAGACUGAUUGAAGCAGCAUCCAGGAAAGCAGACAGAGCAGAAACAACCAUCAGACCAGAAGACAUCUUUAAAGACUCAUCUGGAAGAGACAGACCAAUCAGAACUGUGAUGACACUGGGAGUGGCUGGCAUCGGGAAAACAGUGUUAACACAGAAGUUCACUCUGGACUGGGCUGAAGACAAAAGCAACCAGGACAUCCACUUCAUGUUUCCAUUGACUUUCAGAGAGUUGAAUUUACUGACAAAGAGAAAGUUCAGCUUGGUGGAACUUGUUCAUCACUGUUUCAUUGAAACCAAAGCAGCAGAAAUCUGCAGCUUUGAAGACUUCCAGGUUGUGUUGAUCUUUGACGGUCUGGAUGAGUGUCGCCUUCCUCUGGACUUCCACAACAAUGAGAUCCUGACUGAUGUUACAGAGUCCACCUCAGUGGAUGUGCUGCUGACAAACCUGAUCAGGGGGAAGCUGCUUCCCUCUGCUUGCCUCUGGAUAACCACACGACCUGCAGCAGCCAAUCAGAUCCCUCCUGACUGUGUGGACAUGGUGACGGAGGUCAGAGGGUUCACUGACCCACAGAAGGAGGAGUACUUCAGGAAGAGAUUCAGAGAUAAGAAGCAGGCCAGCAGCAUCAUCUCCCACAUGAAGAAGUCACGAAUCCUCCACAUCAUGUGCCACAUCCCAGUGUUCUGCUGGAUCACUGCUACAGUUCUGGAGAAGCUGCUGAGAUCCAGAGAGGGAGGAGAUCUGCCCAGAACCCUGACUGAGAUGUUCAUCCACCACCUGGUGGUUCAGGCCAAAGUCAAGAAGAUCAAGUACGAUGGAGGAGCUGAGACAGAUCUAGACAGCAGGAGGAUGAUUGAGUCUCUGGGAAAACUGGCUUUUGAGCAGCUUCAGAGAGGAAACCUGAUCUUCUAUGAGUCCGACCUGACAGAGUGUGGCAUCGAUCUGGAAGCAGCCUCAGUGUACUCAGGAGUGUUCACACAGAUCUUUAAAGAGGAGAGUGGACUGUACCAGGACAAGGUGUUCUGCUUCGUCCAUCUGAGUGUUCAGGAGUUUCUGGCUGCAGUCUACAUGUUCCACUGUUACACCAACAGGAACCAGAAGGUUCUGGAGGACUUCCUGGGAGAAGACUGGAAAGACAAGAACAGAGACACUCUGGAUGUGUUCCUGAAGAGAGUCAUGGAGAAAUCCCUCAGCAGUAAAAAUGGUUACCUGGACCUGUUUGUUCGCUUCCUUCAUGGCCUCUGUCUGGAGUCCAACCAGAGACUCUUAGGAGGUCUGCUGGGUCGGACAGAGAAUCAUCCAGAAAUGAUCCAGAGAGUCAUCAACAACCUGAAGGAGAUGAACAGUUAUGGAAUGUCUCCAGAGAGAAGCAUCAACAUCUUCCACUGUCUGAUGGAGAUGAAGGAUCUCUCAAUACAUCAGGAGAUUGAAGAGUUCCUGCAGUCAGAGAACAGAUCAGAAAAGGAACUCUCUGAGAUCCACUGCUCAGCUCUGGCCUACAUGCUGCAGAUGUCAGAGGAGGUUCUGGAUGAGUUGGACCUGAAGAAGUACAGAACAACAAGGGAGGGACAGUGUAGACUGAUUCCAGCUGUGAGGAACUGCAGAAAGGCUCGACUUUCUCACUGUGAACUCUCAGAGAGUCACUGUGAAGUCGUGGCCUCAGCUCUGAAGUCCAACCCCUCCCAUCUGAUAGAACUGGACCUGAGCUGGAACCAGAACCUGCAGGAUUCAGGAGUGAAGCAUCUUUCUGAUGGACUGCAGAGUCCAAACUGUAAACUGGAGACUCUCAGAUUGGAGAGCUGCAGUUUGUCAGAGAUCAGCUGUGAUUCUCUGGUCUCAGCUCUGAAGUCCAACCCCUCCCAUCUGGAACAUCUGGACCUGAGUGAGAACAACCUGCAAGAUUCAGGAGUGAAACAUCUGUGUGGCUUUCUGGAGAGUCCAGACUGCAUCCUGAAGGAUCUGAGAUUGGAGGGCUGCAGGUUGUCAGAGAUCAGCUGUGAUUCUCUGGUCUCAGCUCUGAAGUCCAACCCCUCCCAUCUGGAACAUCUCAACCUGAGCUGGAACAAGCUGCAGGAUUCAGGAGUGAAACAUCUGAGUGGUUUUCUGGAGAAUCCAGGCUGCAUCCUGAAGGAUCUGAGAUUGGAGGUCUGUAGUUUGUCAGAGAUCAGCUGUGAUUCUCUGGUCUCAGCUCUGAAGUCCAACCCCUCCCAUCUGGAACAUCUGGACCUGAGAGGAAACAAACUGCAGGAUUCAGGAGUGAAACAUCUGUUAGAUCUUGUGGAGAAUCCAGACUGCAGCCUGAAGACUCUGAGCUGGGAGUGAUGCUGAUCAGGACGGUGUUUGUGCUGAGAGGAUGAAGUGUGUCCUGAUGAUCCAGAGGUUGAAGCAGCAGCAGCUGGUGUGUAGAGACUCUGACUGGACCAUGUUACUGGGAGGUGGACUGGGAACCAGUGUAAAGUGUGUUGUUGUCACUGUGUAGUUUAGUGUUGCAGCUCCACACUGUGAAUGAUGGAGAACUGCAGUUAAUGUUGACAUGAAACGUUGGAGGUUGAUGUCAGGUUGCAGAGUGUGCAGUAAGUUUCAGGAUGUUUCUGUCACUGCAGGAUCAUAUUUCAUUUGACUUUCUAUUUCCUGCUGCAGUCAAAGUUGUUGAGCUUCUCUACCUGCAACACAUUGAGCUGAUGAGAACAAAGUGUCCUGGAAACAUGUCAGCUGAAGCCUUGGUGCCCAGAGAGAGUUUCAUGAAGCACAUUUUAGUGGUUUUUGAUCCCAUCAUGUUGAGGAGACAACCAGCUCUGAAGAUGAAUCCAGUUUAGUCCUCAAAGGUCCAGAAGCAGCUUGUUGAGCUCAGAGUUCAUAUUUAAUGUCAACAUCCUUUGACCUUUCUGAGCUCCAGUAAAUGUUUGUUCUAGUUUCUCUCUUCUUCACCUUCAGUUGGUUCCUCGUGUUCAGAAGCUUCCAGAUCACUGAUAUUCUUUGUUUUCUGAGCUGCUGCUUUCUUUAAAUCUCUCCAAAGAUUUUAACUGGGAUUAAAUCCAGGACUGAGACGAACCUCCAGGACUUUCCAGGAAGGAAUCCUGGAGCAGGCUUUGGUGGACGUUUGCUUUGGAUGCUGGUCCUGCUGAAAGUCCAGUGAGCUUCAGUUUCCUCACAUUGUUCUUGUAACCAUCCUGGUGUUUGAGAGAAUCCAUGCUGCUGCUCACAUGCUCUAGUUUAGCAGCUUCAAAGCCACCAACAGGACUAUUGAUGCUGUUCUUCUGGUCCUUCUGCCUCCAGAUGUUCUGCCCAAACAGUCCACUUUAUUCUCAUCAGUCCAUCAGACUCCCAGAACUCUGCUUUGUUCCACACAUGAAGAUCUUGUUGUUCAGUUUUGUCAGACUUUAGUUGUUUCCUUCAUCAGGUCCUGCAGCUCUUUACCAAUAAAACAGAUUUUCUACCAGCUGCUGCUGUCAAACAUCUGCUUCCUCUUGGACAGAUUUUGUCCAGUUUGAUUUAUUGACUCAGUUCAUCCACAUGAGAUUUCUAAUGGUUCAUUCUUCAAUUGAGCCAGAAAAUCUUCAAGUCUUCAUCAACACUCAGUCUCCUGGGGGGUCACGUGACGCUAAUGGCGGAGUAACAGCUUCUCGCUACAGCUCCUGCAGCUCGAUAUCCGAUUCAGCUAUAUUGCUACAAGAAUUCACGACUAAACCAGUGUAUCUACGCAUGCAAGAAUGCCGACACAAAAGAAAAUCACAUCUGUUGUUGCAAAACAGUCAAAAACGGGAGAAAUUGGCUCGUCUACGCAUACCACGACUACCGAGGCCGAAGGGGUAAGCGCAAUGGCGGCUGCCACGCCGCCCUCUAUUCUCUCGGCUGAACCUUGGGAUGUCGACAAUUUAGUGGCGAGGAUUACUGCGGAGGUUUUAAAAGCGGUGGAGACAUCUUUUGACAAAAAGGUUGACCCUGUUCUUCAGAAACUACAGGCAUGCUCUUCUGACAUAGUUGUAUUAGACACACGCCUCACGACCGCUGAGGAGCGAAUAUCAAGCCUGGAAGAUACGAUCACCAUUCAAGACGUGCAACUUGCCGACAUGAAAGUCAAAAUGGACUCAGCACUCGAAAAGAUUGACGACAUGGAGAACAGGAACCGGCGCUGCAACAUUCGGAUUGUUGGUCUCCCCGAGCACAGCGAAGGUACCGACCCUGUCUCCUUUACGAAAUCCUGGCUCCCCCAGCUAGUUGGCGUAGACUUUAAAGGGGGUAUAGUUAAGGUCGACCGCUGCCAUCGCAUAUCCCCCCGCUAUCGCUCCCUCCCGGGACAGAGGCCACGAGUUUUCAUCGUCAAACUUCACAACUUCCAGGACAAAGCCCGGAUCAUGCAAGAGGCCAGGAAAAAACAAACUUUGAAUUACAAGGGCGCUAAGAUCAUGAUAUUUGAGGAUUUUUCUGCAGCGGUGUCCAGGAAACGUCAGGCAUUCCUCCCAGUCAAGAAUCGUCUCAGAGAGAAAGGCAUCCCAUUUGCGCUGCUCUACCCAGCUUUCCUCAGAAUUAAGCACAAUGGAGAAGAAAAAAUCUUCAAGCAUCCGGAGGACGCCGUGGGAUUCCUGGAUACAUUGCCCGGUGCUGGAUCAUUUUCAUCCCCCGCUUCUCGCUCACCCUAAGCAUCAGAUGUGGUAUUUACAACAUGAACAGGAUAUUCUAGUUGAUAAUGCGCUGUAUACAUGGUAAGACUUUGGACAUUAUUUUUUGUUAAUCCGUGUCUAUAUAUCUCCUGCAAAUAUGUGUGCAUAUAAUUCAGAAUGUAGCUUUCUCUGACAUGUUUUUUUUUUCUAAGGUAGCUGCAGGUCUGGCUGUAGUUCGUUCCAUUUAAUGACAGCCUGGUCCAGCAUCCUUCCCUAUUUAGUUGGGAAGGUUAGCUUGCACCCCUUAUUGGGUGUUUUCGACCAUCGUCUGACCCUUCUGUGUUUCUCCUUUUUUGUGUUUUUGUUUUUUGUAAAUAGUUUUUGUUCUUCCCUCAGCAAAGCAGAGCAUAUUUUAUUUUUCAUACUUUUCCAAACUGGUGCAUCCUGGUUUGUUAUUUUGAGAAUAUCCUUAUUUCUGUGGCAUGGUUUAGUACUUGCUUUAAAUUAUAAUGGCUAAUCCUAGUACGUCUCUAAAAGUGUGUAGCUGGAAUGUGGGGGGUAUUCAUAGUCCCAUAAAACGUAAGAAAAUCCUUAACUACCUGAAAAAGGAAAAUAUACAUGUAGCCCUGUUACAAGAGACACAUUUGACAUCUGAUGAGCAUCUAAAGUUGAAACGCGACUGGGUGGGACAAGUGUUUUACUCGUCUUUCACAAGUAGGAGUCGUGGCGUAGCCAUUCUGAUACACAAACAUCUGCCUCUGACAAAUACACAAUCUGUUUGUGAUAAAUCUGGUAGAUAUUUAUUACUCAAGGGCACAUUGCAUAGUAAACCCAUUUCAUUUUUAAAUGUUUAUUUUCCCCCUGUUCAAUCACUUGACCUCAUCACACUUGCUUUCUCCUCUUUUUCCGAUUGGAUCUGUGACAAUACGGUCAUAGCGGGUGAUUUUAACUGCUACUUCUCAUCAUCUAUGGAUAAAUCUCUUGCAACUCAGGUUCCUACAUCUAAAAGGGCCAAGGCGCUCUUAGACACUUGUGCAGAGCUUGAAUUGGUUGAUACAUGGCGUGUGCUACACCCUAAAGACAAGGAAUUCACGUUUUUUUCAGGGGUACAUAAAACAAGUUCUAGAAUUGACUUUGUAUUUACCCCCAAGGUGUCACUAGGCAACAUUGUUAAUUGUAGAAUUGGUGAUAUAAUUAUAUCAGACCACGCACCGGUUUUUGUUGAAUUAGAUAAUCUUAACGCAAAUUUUCGAAAUUAUAAUUGGAGAUUUAAUAACUUCCUGAUUCAUGAUCCAAAAUUUGAAAAGUUCCUGAAUGACCAUUUGAAUAAUUUUAUACAAGAUAAUAAAACCCCAGAUGUAUCCCCUGGAUUACUCUGGGACACUUUAAAAGCCUAUACACGUGGUCUGGUUAUAUCAUAUUCUGCUGGGCUCAAAAAGAGGACUCAAAUGGAACAAAGAAAACUAGAACUGAAAUUACAUGAAUUACAAAUAAAACACAACCUCUCUCCUUCUGAACAGCUAAGAGGUGAGAUCCAUGUGACUAAGACAGCCUUGGAAGGGUUGCUGACAAAAAAGGCCGAGAAAUCUAUAUUUUUUAUGAAACAGAGGCUAUAUGAAUUUGCGAACAAACCUAAUCGCUACCUUGCUAAUAUUCUUAAAAAUAAGGGAUCAUCCCGCAAUAUUCCUUGCAUUAAGGAUGCAUUAGGUAUACUCAACUGCGAUAAUAUAGUGAUUAAUGAUACAUUUAAGACAUUUUAUAAGCAAUUAUACACUUCUCAAUUUAAAUCAUCCAAUUAUCAAGAUAUGUCUUCCUUUUUUCAGAACCUUGAUUUGCCUCAAAUUACGGAAAUUCAGAAAGAGGAAUUGUCUAAACCGAUCACACGUAGUGAAAUUCUAAAAAUCAUUCAGCGACUACCAAAUAACAAGGCCCCAGGGCCGGACGGAUUCAAUGGGGAAUUUUACAAGAAAUUCAGUCAAAUCCUACUCUCUCCUCUGUCUGAAAUGGUUGAUUCUUCGUUUGCAAGUGGGGCUCUGCCUCCUUCCCUAUUAGAGGCCAAUAUUUCCCUGGUUCUGAAGAAGGAUAAACCCCCAGAGGAGUGUUCUUCUUAUAGACCCAUAUCAGUCUUAAACAUUGAUUUGAAAAUUCUUGCAAAGACACUGGCCUCACGCUUGGAAACAAUCUUGCCCAGCAUUAUUCAUAAUGACCAAACGGGAUUCAUCCGAGGUCGAUACUCUACACACAACGUAAGACGUCUACUUAACCUCAUCCAGCACUCUUCCGCGUUCAAUUCUGAUUCUAUGAUUAUUUCUCUUGAUGCAGAGAAGGCCUUUGAUAGGCUCGAGUGGCCUUAUCUAUUUUUUACUCUCCAAAAGUUUGGUAUGACUGAUGGGUUCAUUAAUUGGAUACGAAUCUUGUACGCAUCACCUCUCUCGGCAGUGAUCACUAAUGGCCAUAAAUCCAAUAAUUUCAGCAUUGAACGUGGAAGUAGGCAGGGAUGCCCUUUAAGCCCCUUGUUGUUUGCCCUAGCUAUGGAACCCCUAGCUGCUGCUAUUAGGAUGGACCCCUGUAUUGAAGGGCUUCUUUUAAAUAAUUGUCAGCGUAGGAUAUCUCUCUAUGCUGACGAUGUCCUAAUUUUUUUGAACUCACCAUCCAGGUCUAUUCCAAAAUUGAUCAAUCUAAUCACCCAAUAUAGCAGCUUCUCGGGUUAUAAAAUUUAUUUUUCUAAGAGCGAGGCUAUGCCUCUUUCUAGUUCAUACAAAGCCUCCCCUAGUAUUUCUCGGCCUUUUCGUUGGUCUCCGAAUGGAUUCACCUAUUUAGGUUUUAAGAUCUCUCCUAAUUUAAAGGACUUAUACAAUCUUAAUUACACUCCUCUUAUUCAAGCUGUUAACCGGGACUUGGACAGAUGGUGCAGUCUACCACUAUCCCUGCUGGGUCGUAUACACCUUGUCAAAAUGAACAUCCUACCACGCCUCUUAUAUUUAUUCCAGAUGUUGCCCCUUGUUCUUUCUUCAAGAGUUUUAGCAAAAUUAAAUAGUUCUAUAGUCUCAUUUAUUUGGAACAGAAAAAGACCCAGGUUAAGAUACAGCUACCUCUCUCUCCCAAUACGUAUGGGUGGUCUUGCAGCUCCGUCGCUACCACUUUACCUCUGGUCUGCUCAAUUUAAAUUUCUUUUAGAAUGGUACAGAUCGGAUCAGGGUUCAAUCUAUUUAAGUGCUGAAUCCGCUUCCUUAAACGAUAUCCCCUUGUGGAAUCUACUUUACAUUUCCCCUCCGAAAUCCUCACUUCUCGCAAAGGACAAUUUAUUAUUGAAAAAUAUGCUAAGUAUCUGCCAUAAAGUGAGAAGUUUAGAAGGUUAUAAAAAACAUUUUUCUUUACUCACCCCAAUCCACCAAAAUCCUGAUUUUAUCCCGGGCCUUAAUGCAGGGUUUUCUGAGUGGUUUCGGGGAAUUAAAACAGUUGGUGACUUGGUCGACGGAGAUGCAAUUUUGUCAUUUCAACAAGUGAAAGACAAAUACGGUAUUAGUAGUGGAGAUGUUUUCAGAUAUAUGCAGGUGAAACAUUUCAUUCUUGGUAGGCUAAAGGAAUGUGAUGGCCAAAUGUCUAUCUCCCAGAUGGAAUCUCUGAUCCUAAAAACCACAAAACUUAAAUCUUUUUCAAAAUCAGUUUAGAAUAUCCUAUCUAAACUCAAUAAGGACAAUGCAGAUAAAGUUAAAAAGCGGUGGGAAACGGAUUUGGGACCUAUUACAGCUGAAUCCUGGGAUGAACUUUGUAACCGGCCUUUUAAGGCUCUUGUCUCCAAUUCCAUCUGGGAGAGACAAUUUAAGAUUCUGCAUAGGCUCUUUAUAACUCCUGAGAAAAGGCAUAAAAUGUAUUCUUCAUUAUCUGAAAUAUGUAACAAAUGUCAUUCCGCUGUUGGUACCCUUUUCCACUGUUUGUGGGAUUGCCCACCUAUUUUGCAGUUCUGGGAAUCAAUUAUUGAUAAGCUCUGUACAAUUUUUAAGUUCCAUUUGAACUUGAGUGCUCAAACUUGUCUCCUUGGUCUGGAGGACGAACUGCCUAUGCGAUUUGGUAAGCGAAAGCUGUUGCAUAUACUGCUACAUUGCGCUCGAAAGUGCAUAAUGAUGCAAUGGUUUUCGGAUGAAGCCCCCUCCCAUCAUCAGUGGCUCCAAACGGUUAUUGCCAUAAUACCAAUGGAGGCUUUCUCCACUCUGUUGAUGAAUAAGCCAUAUGCAUUUUACAAGACCUGGGACCCUUUCUUAGACUACUUGGACUUCUCCUCUGCACAAAGACUGCGAUCCGGCUUACUGUCAAUGGCUUGGCCAAAAGAAUGUUAAAAUCGCUGCGGAUUCACCAAUUUUCAUUUUAUUUAUUUAAUGUUUAUGUUUUUGUAAUGCUCUGCUUUGCACAAAAUGUUCAAUAAAAAUAUAUAUUAAAAAAAAAAAAAAAAACACUCAGUCUCCUGGCGAACUCCAACUGAUAUCUGCCCACUUGGAGCCUCAGUUCCAGGUUUUCAGUCCUUCAUCUGUUUCUGGGGAUGUUCCACCGUUAUCUUUUAGUUUAUCAUGACCUCAUCUUUGGUAAUGAUUCAGUCCAAACUUUUUACAAUCAUAGUUAUGAAACCAUAAUCCUGACUCAUCUUGUAAAUAAAAACAAAGGCCUUUAUGCUGUAAAUAAAGUUUCUCUGUUUCCUUUCAUUAAUUUCAACCGACUUAUUCAGUUUUAUCUCACACGGGAAAAUCCCAACUACAAUAAUUUCUAUUGUAUUUUGAAUCACUUGGUGGAAGUGCUGCAUAUCUAUAAGUUGUGUUGCUUUUGAUAAAACAUGAUGUUCUAGUUUUGUGCUUUGGCCACCAGAGGGCAGAAAUCCACUGUUCUGGAUGUUUUUUUACUUCAUCAAGCAGAGGAGGAUUCUCCUGGUAAGUGGCUGAUUUUCCAUUUGAACUUUACAAACACAGAAGCAAAAAACACAAUCAGGCCAAGUGGAGAAGUUUUCUCACACAAAUUACACCUCAGUUCACAUCUGCAGUCCUCAUCAGUCUUCCAGUUCUAGUUGUUAGUCAAAGUCAACAUGUAGUGAUGGAAACUUUACCUUUUUCACAUUUCACAUGAUCGCGUUCAUACGAUCAGAUGAAGCAUAAGCAUUACAACGUGAUUUGUCAGGUUGGUUGUUGCUCUGUUUGUCCUGUUCAGAGUCAGUAAAAGUGUCCUCCUCCAGCUGCUGUCCCUGAUUCCUGUCCACUCUGAGAGGGACACAGUGAGACGGGCCGAGUCCCUGUGUGGAGCUCUGGGUGGAGAGCUGGACCUCAGUCACACCACACUGGACCAGAGGGUCUGUGGAGGUCUGGUCCAGAUGCUGGACUCCUGUGAAGGACUGACUGAGCUGGACCUCAGUCACUGUCAGCUCAGAGACCAGCUGCUGCUGGUCCUCAUCACACAUCUGCACAAAGUCCAGGUCCUGGAGUAAGUCUCAGACCACUUCCUUCUCUGGGAGGCCAAACUCAGAAUCAGCCUGUUGAUCCUCUGACCUCCAAGAGGGUUCAGAGAGUCAAAGUAGACUUGAUCUUGUAAUGAUAGCAGUACUAUCAAGUGACCACUAGUUGGCAGUAUAGCCUUAAGUGUGUUAUGAGUUAGAUAGACGAACAAGAAUGCUUUGUUGUGGAGCUGAGACUACGUUGUUGACGGUUAAAAUAAAUAGCUUGCUGCUCGUAGAAGCUAGCAGCACAAAUGUU